GCGCCCCCGCCGGCCGCCGGAGUAUUGGGCGGGGAGGGGCGCGCAUGCGUACCGAGGGUGGCGCCGCUGGGCACAGAACCGGAAACUUAGAGACAAAGUUCGGAGCCCCGCCCCCGCCGCGCGCCGCCCAGCCGUCUGGCCCCGCCGAGCUGCUACCCACCGACCCACGAAUUGGCCUGGCUCUCGCGUGCGCCAUGUCUGGUUCCUCCAGCGUCGCCGCUAUGAAGAAAGUGGUUCAACAGCUCCGGAUGGAGGCCGGGCUCAACCGCGUUAAAGUUUCCCAGGCAGCUGCAGACUUGAAACAAUUCUGUCUGCAGAAUGCUCAGCAUGAUCCUCUGCUGACUGGAGUAUCUUCGAGUACAAAUCCCUUCAGACCCCAGAAAGUCUGUUCCUUUUUGUAGGAAAAUGAAUCUUUCAAAGGUUUCCCAAACCACUUCUUAUGAACUGGUGAAUAUUCAAGAAAACUAAAUUUGAAGCCUGUACAAAAGCUUAUCCUUAUAACAAUACAUGUGCCAUAAUAUGCAGACUUCUGCUUUUGUCAGUACUUAACAUCUACCUCUCUGAAUUUUCACGAACUUCUAUUUCACAAGGGUAAUUGUUUUAUAUACACUGGUGGCUGCAUACAAUAAAAUACUUAGUAUAAAAGUUU